AUGGAAGCCCUUGAAGAUCUCCAGAACCUGGAGUACCUCUCCCUGGUCUCCAAGAUUACCACAGAGCUGGGAAACCAUUUGGGCAUCGACGACAAGACGCUCGCGGAAUUCAUCAUAAACCUGCACCAGCAAGCUAGCUCCCCCGAAGAGUUCAAGAAGAUAAUUGCCUCGCAUGGCGUCGACUUCCCGGACUCCCUCAUCACCAGCAUCGAUAGGUUGGUGCUCACAAUGCACCCGAAGCACAAGAACAAGCGGUCGAAGGGGUCUGGCGAUAAGGAUAAUGAAGGGGCAAAGAAGGGGAUGGACCUGGAUACUAAGACUAGGGUUUUCAAAGGGCUGGCUUUGCCGGAUAAGGAGGUGCCACCCAUGUGGGAGGGGGAUUACGGGGAGGAGGAGGACGGGAGGAAGAGGGAGCCAAAUGCGAUAGACGAUAUGAUGGCGAUGCUAGAGAAUUUGGAGUCGAAGAGUAAGAGGAAGGAGGGCGGGAAUGGUGACGCGUUGGCGUUUUUGGAGAGAAUGGAACCGGGAAGAGAGAAGGGUGUGGGGGAGCGCCCUAGGAAACGGAGCCGCUCGCCGAGCCUACACGGCAGGUCUGCGCGGAAUUACAGAUCUAGGUCGAGGUCGAGAUCUAGAGGGGGGGAUAGGAAGAGAGGCCGCGAACGGGAUGAUUUUGGCCGGGAUCGGGAACGCAGGAUCAAGCAUAGAUAUGGCGAAGAUGACGAUGACGAUUUCCGAAGUCCGCCUGCGCCCGAGCUCGACGAGCGCCCUGUCCUUUACAAGAUUUACAAUGGCAAAGUCUCUGGGAUGAAGGACUUCGGCGUGUUUGUCAGUCUCCAGAAUGUCAAAGGCAGAGUGGAUGGCCUUGUGCAUAUUUCGGCAAUCCGCCAGGAUCGAGUCAACCACCCGGCGGAUCUGCUGUCUAGAGGGCAAUCUGUGAAAGUCAAGGUUGUUAGCAUUCAAGGCACUCGCAUUGGAUUGUCAAUGAAGGAUGUCGACCAAAACACCGGACGAGACCUUGACCCAGCUAAGCGCAUCGCCUCGGGCGCCAACAUGGAGAGGCUGGAUGGUACGGGAUCGAAGUAUGCUAUUCUAGAUUCCGAUAACCUGCCUGAUUUUGAAGUCGAUUCGAAAUUCAAAGUCAAAAAGCGAAUGUCCUCCCCCGAGCGCUGGGAAAUUAAGCAGCUCAUCGCUUCGGGGGCAAUUUCGGCUGCCGAUUACCCGGAUAUAGACGAAGAGUACCAUGCAACCUUGACUGGAGAAGGGCAGUUCGAAGAGGAGGAGGAUGUUGAUAUCGAAGUUCGUGGGGAGGAACCGCCGUUCUUGGCCGGACAGACGAGACAGAGCUUAGAGCUUUCUCCUAUUCGUGUUGUCAAAGCUCCCGAUGGAUCACUCAACAGAGCAGCUAUGGGAGGUACAGCGCUGGCCAAGGAGAGGAGAGAACUAAGGCAGCAACAGGCUGCAGAUAUUGCGGCAGAGGAAGCACAAAAGGUCGACCUUAACGCCCAAUGGCAGGAUCCAAUGGUAGCUCCCGACGAUCGCAAGUUCGCAUCAGAUCUGAAGAACUCACGUCUGAACCAAGGAGGCGACCUGCCGGAAUGGAAGAGGGCUACCAUGAACAAAAACAUGUCGUUUGGGAAGAUCACGAACAAGAGUAUCAAGGAGCAACGAGAAUCGCUCCCAGUUUUCAAAUUACGAAAUUCGCUCAUAAAGGCCGUGCUGGAAAACCAACUGUUGAUUGUGGUCGGUGAUACUGGUUCCGGGAAGACUACUCAGAUGACACAGUUCCUGGCGGAGGCCGGAUUCGCCAAUGAUGGGAUGAUUGGGUGCACCCAGCCCAGACGUGUUGCUGCCAUGUCCGUUGCGAAGCGUGUGGCCGAAGAGGUGGGAUGCAGAGUUGGUCAGGAGGUUGGGUACACGAUUCGUUUUGAAGAUUGCACCAGUCCAGAGACAAAGAUAAAGUACAUGACGGACGGUAUGCUUCAGCGCGAGGUAUUACUCGAUCCAGAUCUUAGGCGAUAUUCAGUCAUCAUCCUUGACGAGGCGCACGAGAGGACUAUUGCUACGGAUGUUCUUUUCGGUCUCUUGAAGAAGACGCUCAAGAGAAGGGCGGAUCUCAAGUUGAUUGUCACAUCGGCUACGUUGGACGCGGAAAAGUUUUCGGGCUACUUUAACCAGUGUCCCAUCUUUACCAUCCCUGGCCGGACAUAUCCGGUGGAGAUUCUAUAUACUAAGGAACCGGAAAGUGAUUAUCUUGAUGCCGCCCUAAUCACUGUUAUGCAGAUCCACUUGAGCGAGCCACCCGGGGACAUCCUGCUCUUCCUGACGGGUCAGGAGGAAAUCGACACGAGUUGCGAGAUUCUCUACGAACGUAUGAAAGCUCUAGGACCUAGUGUCCCGGAGCUGAUUAUUCUCCCCGUCUACUCUGCCCUCCCUAGUGAGAUGCAGAGCAAGAUUUUCGAGCCAGCUCCCCUGGGAUGCCGGAAAGUAGUUAUCGCCACAAACAUUGCUGAAACCUCCAUCACCAUCGACCAGAUAUACUAUGUCAUCGACCCCGGCUUCGUCAAGCAGAACGCCUUUGACCCAAAGCUAGGAAUGGACUCUCUGGUCGUCACCCCAAUCUCACAAGCCCAGGCAAAACAAAGAGCUGGUCGUGCCGGUCGGACGGGGCCUGGAAAAUGUUACCGUCUCUACACCGAAGCCGCUUUCCAAUCCGAAAUGCUCCCAACUUCUAUCCCCGAAAUUCAACGUCAAAACUUGAGCCAUACAAUUCUAAUGUUGAAAGCAAUGGGAAUCAACGAUCUCUUGCACUUUGAUUUCAUGGACCCACCACCCACAAACACCAUGUUAACAGCCCUCGAAGAGCUCUAUGCCUUAUCAGCACUGGACGACGAAGGCUUGCUGACCCGCCUCGGCCGCAAAAUGGCAGACUUUCCCAUGGAGCCUGCGUUGGCCAAGGUCUUGAUAGCAAGCGUGGACAUUGGUUGCUCCGACGAGAUCCUCAGCAUCGUAGCCAUGCUCUCUGUGCAAACGGUCUUCUACCGCCCAAAGGAGAAGCAAAACCAAGCCGACCAGAAGAAGGCCAAAUUCCACGACCCCCACGGCGACCACUUGACCCUCCUGAACGUCUACAACGCGUGGAAACACUCGGCCUUUUCGAACCCCUGGUGCUUCGACAACUUUAUCCAGGCGCGGAGUAUGAAGCGCGCGAAGGACGUGCGCGCGCAGCUGGAAAUGAUCAUGAGUCGGUACAAUCAUAAGAUCGUCUCGUGCGGUCGGGACACGAUGAGGGUUAGGCAGGCGCUGUGUUCCGGCUUCUUCAGGAACUCUGCCAGGAAGGAUCCACAGGAGGGAUACAAAACACUAAUCGAGGGCACACCGGUGUAUAUGCACCCCUCCAGCGCGCUUUUUGGCAAACCGGCCGAACACGUCAUCUUCCAUACGCUGAUCAUGACGACGAAGGAGUAUAUGCAUUGUACUACUGCUAUUGAGCCGAAGUGGCUUGGUAUGCCCCCCCCCUUCUCCCCUCUGUAUUAUGAUGACGAUGAUGUGCUAACCCCUGGCAGUCGAGUGCGCCCCCAGCUUCUUCAAAGUCGGCGGCGGCAAAGGCGAACUCAGCAAGCGGAGGAGGAACGAGAGGAUCCAGCCACUGUUUAACAGGUUCGGUGACGGCGACGAUAGUUGGAGGUUGUCGGCGCAGAAGAGGCAAGGAAGGGGUGGUGGAGGUGGUACUUGGGGUUAAGCUAGAUGGUUUGUCUGUUUGUUUUUUUGUGUCGCAUUGGGUUUGGUUGUUAUAGUGCAUUGUAUAAUAGUAUUAUUAUUACGGGUUGCCUUG